AUGGCAAGGAGUAAUGUAGUUUCAUGGAGUCUCAUUUUCUUGGCUAUGGGGCUUUUCAGUUAUGUAUCUGUUCAAGCCACCAGAGAAGGGAGGUCUCUGAUAGAUCUGAGAGACAAGAGACUUGAUUUGGACAAUGGGUUAAAGAAUUGGCACGGUAAAGAGGCAACUUAUCGAGGGCUGACAGCUGAUGGUUACGGGGCAGGGCCUGGUUAUGGUUUUGGUGGUGGUGGGAGUGGUACAGGCAAUGGUGGCACUGGUGGUGGUAAAGGCGGAGGCUAUGGUGAUGGCAGUGGUGGCUUUGGAAGUGGUGUUGGGUAUGGUGGUAAUGGUGGCAAUGGUGGCGGAUUUGGUAAUGGUGUUGGAGGAGGUGGUGGGUUUGGUGGAGGCUCGGGCACAGGCCCAGGUUAUGGUGGUGGUGGGGUAGGCGGGGGUGGUGGAGGAUAUGGUCAUGAUGAGAAGAUGAAUUAG